AUGCCUUUGUUCAUCUUUCAUGGCUAUGCAUGGGUCCUUGCAAUUACUUUCUACCUGAUACUUUCCCCUUGGACAAUCAUUCUCCACUCGCAUACGUUAUCCAAAGCGUACUCCACAACGGUCAUGAUGCCUUACCAGCACACCGCGUUCGCGAUCUUGACACUGUUUGCCCACCUUGGCCUAGCAGUCACACCGGUGGCAAUACCCCAAGACAACAAGAUAGAUGGCUACGUCGGAUACAUGCCCACACCACCGACCAGCGACUGGUUGACAACGACAUACUGCUACUGCUCCCAACCGCACCAUCUGCAGGCGCCCGCCUUCGACGAGGGCUCCUUCUUCCAAUGGGAAUACUACAACUACCACCAAAACGCCACCUUCGUCAUGCACCGCCGCUGUCAAGCCAACCACGCGGAGACGAGGACGUGCGUCAACUCCAAACACGUGCACUGCGACCUCGCCGUCGACGGCGAUUGCGAGGGCAACAUGCUCUGUACCUCCUGGCCCCGAGCGCGUGCGCUCGGGGAGAGGGACGCUGGGGUUGUGGAGAAGGAUCACUGGUGCAUGUCGCUGGAUGAUCGGGGCUUCUUGGGCGUGAGUGACAGUAUCAUCUGGAACGCCCAGGAGAGGGGUUUGACGCGGAAGGGCGGGCAGGGGCGCAGUGGGACGUCGGACGGGGAGGUCGAGGCGGUUUGCGGGGGGCUGUGCCGGGAACGGGUGGGGAUGCCGAUGUUGAAGGGGGGAUCAGAACGCUAG